AUGAAACUGCAUCAUCCGAAGAAGGAUCUUGUCAACAAGGGCUUGGGACCAGCUGCUAGACGAGACACCAAGUUUGUUCCAGAGACUGUCCUGAGUGAAGAAGAGUGCAAGGAAGCCAUCGCACUGAUUAAGCAUUCAGCUGAUGAGGACAAAAUCAAGAAGAUGAAGCUCACAUUUGACUUCCGGCGCAACAUGGUCCUUGACCCCCAACGGUCAAGCAACAUACUCUCUGUCUUCCCACGUUUCAAAGAUGUCAAAGGCUUGGUGGAGCAGGAUUUUGUCCUGAUGUUUGGAGAAGAUGUGUCUGGCAAGUUUCUGGAAAAAUGGACGACCACGUUCAAGAGAAAGAUCAUCCAACAAUGCAGGGAGCUUCCAACCACCAGUGACCUUGAAGAACUUCUCCUGGCAGCUGAUACUCCUGAGGAUAGCACUGAAGUGGAUAAUGACAUGAGUUGGGACAGUGACCUCUCAUCGAUUUUGCUGCUGCUACACCUGAUUCCCCCCUCUGCCUUGGUCAUAGGAACCAAAGAACAUCUUGAUGCCAUCACGACGAGCACACAACCCUAUCUCCUUGCUGUGGGAUGGAGGAAGAAAGUAGCCCACCAGUUCUUCAUCAUCCUUGACAAGAAUGCCAUUGCUUGCAGGUCAACAUCCUCUUUUGGUGCUUUUGAUGAACUGUUUUAA